CACCUUCACAUUGGGCGGGAGUGCAGGUGAUCCUCUCCUCUCUCUCUUUCUCAUCCUCCUCCAUCAUGCAAAAGAGCAGUCGCGCAGCCCAAUUGGGACCGCGCGGGCAUGGAAAAUAUGUUUACGCCUACUUUAACAUCCGCACCAACCAAGUCCUAUACUCGUUGGAACGAACCCUACGACCAUCGCACUUGUCCCAACUGCCCGAUGCAGGCGCCAAUAAUAACCCUCCCAAGCUGCGCAAGGACAUCUGGCGACCGCUCUUCACCGUCUCCGUCCCCGACCAACGACAAGGUCUUCAGCUGUUCGAGCUGCUGCGCGAAUACCGUAUGCUCCACGAAACGAAUUGGGAACUUACCGAGGAGAUCAAACGUCCAUAUACCGAAAAGCAGAUAGAGAAGCUAAAGGAGAAGCUGCAAAAUCGAGGCGGAUGCAAAAAGGAAACCGUCUUCGACGUCAUCAAGCGGGAAAAGAAGAAGAUGCGCGCCAAAAUGGUCAUGGACCAGAAGGCAAAUAGCGUAGCCGACUUGGCUACUAUCUUAUUGCGGCAGGAGCGGCAAGGGAUGCUUUUGGCGCAACAGCAGCGCAAUGCGACGCGAACGCGGAAAAGGCAGAUGAUAGAUGAGAUCUGCAGUCUGGCCGUGACCGACGAGCGUGGCAUGGCAAAGUUGGAAGCCAAGAUUGCGGAAUGGGAUGCACAGGUCCGAGAGCAUCUCGAAAGAAGUCUGGAUAAGACCAACCCAAUGAAGCAACGAAUGGAUGAAGAUAAAAAGAGGCGGAAAGCAAAAGUAGUUCGGGACCACAUGGUGCUAAAGAGAAAGAAGAUCCUCUUUGCCAAGAAAGCUGUGAAGGCUGCAGAGCAACGAGCUCCCGAAGAGAUGCGCGCACAGGCAACCACUACUCCCACGGAACCAGUCGACUGGAAACAAUACAUCGAACCCUACCCCACCGAGCUCGAUCCUAUCCGCGCAGUGCAAGAAGGUAUUACAAUGAACCUGAAGAAGAAGGGUAACUUCAUCACCGGAGCAGAGCUCAAGGACAUCAAACUGUUGAGGGCUCCUGUCUUCACCAUGGAUGGCAUAUCUGUCAAAUGGUCCAAUGCCCUCGAUGCAGAGUAUGCAGAAGAGUGGCCCGGGAAAGUGCAACACGACUUUAUGGGACUAGUGAGAAAUACUGCCCCGAGGCCUGAUCAGGAGAGAGCAGAUACUGUGACAGACUUGAAGAUUGGCAUGUGGAAAAGUCGGAGUGCCAAUUGGGAUGCUGCACUGCAGCGAUCUGUAGCAGAGCAAGAACAAGGAGUGGAGGAAGAUGGCCAAGUCGCGGAAAAUUCAUCACAAGAGCAAGAUCGAAAGGCUGUACUUUCGGAUAUCAAGGAGCAGAUCCUAAGGGACGUGAAAUUGAAGGCCGGGAGACCGGUGUGGAUUUGGCGGAGGGAGGAGAAGAGAAUGCAGAAGCAGGAGCGGAGGAACCGUUCUGUGGCCACUUCUGCUUCGCCUACGGGAGGGCAAAUGCAAGUCGAUAUGGCUGCUGAGCCGACGAGUGCAGAGAAUGCGCCGACUUUGUAGACGAGGAUCUUCGGUUCAUUCGGAAGUGCAGAGCUCGUGUACAUAUAUAUGUCCACUAUACCUGGAGUUGUCUAUACCAUACCUGGACUACUUGUAUCAAAUGAGGUACAAAGUUACACGUCGCCAUCUCCGGCCUGGCGUCUCUUCCCACUUUAUAUGACAACGACACACCUUAUCUUUCCCAUGCCACUGCGAGAUGGCGAGAUUGAAAAGCCAGAGACGGCAAGACAUCGCUGGCGCCGAGAAGUCGCAUGGACUGCGAUUGAACAGCUGGCCGUCCCAGCCUGUAUAGUUCUCAUGAUUGGCUGGAAGCGCAAUCCCAAUCAUCCGGACUUGGAAGCAGAUGGUCUUGAAUGUACUUUGCGGUCUCUCGUGGAGCAUCAUGCAAGCCAC